AUGUUUGCCCGCCGCGCCGGUCUCCUGAGCAGAGGCUAUCGCUACCUCGUCGCCCCGAAUCAACACCCGCAGACAUUUUCGUCGCUCUCGUCGCGAGCGUUUGCUGCAGUCAACGCAGCCAUGGCAGACACAGCCAACACCUCGGGCGUCACGGCCGACGGGCUGAAGCAGAAGCUGGCGGCAGGAUUGGGCGCGCCGCAUGUUGAGGUUGAGGAUAUAUCUGGCGGAUGUGGCCAGUCUUUUCAGGCAAUCAUCGUUUCGCCGCAGUUUGAUAAAAAGACCAUGCUCGCGCGUCACCGGCUGGUCAACUCGGUUUUGAAGGAGGAGAUUGCCGCCAUUCACGCCUGGACGCCCAAGUGUUAUACCCCGGAGCAAUGGCAAAAGGCACAGGAGGAACGGGCCUAG